AAAAAUUUUCAAUUUCCUAGUUGUGCGUCGUAGUUUGAAGCUCCCACAAUAUGGCGGACGAAUCGCAACCAAAUGGUACGGACGUGGUAGACAAGAUGACCGUCGAGGUUGCCGAAAUUGCUUUGGAUGCAAAAGAAACCCCAAAAGAACCGGCGGCAGCAGAAGCAGCAGCCGAACCGACAAACGCCACCGAGGAAAAACAAACGAACGGCGCAGCAGCAAAGCCCGCCAUAUCUACCGCGGCCUUCAAGGAACAGUUUCGUGCAUUUUCCAAGUUUGGUGAUACUAAAUCGGAUGGAAAGCAUCUAACACUUUCGCAAAGCGACAAGUGGAUGAAACAGGCGAAGGUUAUUGACAAGAAGAUAACAACCACCGAUACGGGCAUACACUUCAAGAAGCUAAAAUCGAUGAAACUAACGCUUGACGAUUAUAACAAAUUUCUGGAAGAUUUAGCCAAAACGAAAAAAGUCGAGCUGGACGAAAUCAAGAACAAAAUGGCCAACUGUGGAGCACCGGGUGUCCAUAAUGCAACGCCGGGAAAAGCAGCGGAUACGGUGGCCCGCCUAACGGACACUUCCAAAUACACCGGAUCGCACAAGCAACGGUUCGACGAAACUGGCAAGGGUAAAGGUAUAGCGGGCCGGAAAGAUCUCGUCGACCAGUCCGGCUACGUGUCGGGAUACGGGCACAAAAACACGUACGACAAAACCCAUUGAGCUGUGGUGGAUGAUGAGUGAUGAUGGCCG